CUGUUGAAGACCUUGCAGCAAUUAGCUCACCAUAUUAGUUUUGUUUGCUUAAUGCAACUGGCACCCAACUUUUUGACUCCUGUUCCAAAUUAUGGAUGCUUUUACGACCAGCUCUAUAGACCAAUAUGGUUUCCUUGUUCUUAGGUGAUGUAAGCUCUUCAAAAAUUGGAACAGACAAAAAGAUGUGAUAUUGUGCCUUUUCUUUCUUAAGAAAAGGAAAUUGUAAUUGAAGAAUCUGCUCUUCUUAUUCUUCGUAACGUUAUUUGUGCGUUUUCUUUGUCAAGUAAUCAUUCAAAAGAAAUUCUUGACAGAACAUACGGAACAUUAUGGUUUGGAAUUAUGCUUUCAGCUUUCUUCUCAUUCAUGUCUUUUUUUAUAUAUAUUUUGUUUCACUUCUCUUUGGCUAUUUAACACUGUUAUUCACAAUCACUGGCCAUUAAACUGAGGUAAGUUUCACUUCUUGUUUCCAAUGAUCCAGAUUUAUGUGUUUAUUUACUUUAUUUUGUUGUCAAAUUUAUCAUUUGCAUAAUCAGCAUUCCUGUUUUAGGUGUGACCGAAACGUUUUCUUUUAUUUGGCUGCAAUCAAAUUUCUUUCUUUCUGAUAAAAUUUUAUACAAGUGCAGAUGUUCUGUUAAUAGAAAACGCUGCUGUGAUUGAUUCUCUGUUGGUAAUGAGUACUUGCUUAUAUGUCACCAGGGAGGGCAUUAACCAAUUGGAAAUAUGGCAGCACUUCAAGGCAAACUCAACAUCCACACGUAGAGCUGACAAUUGACAUUCCUGAUGACCUGGAGACUAGCAUGCAGGAUGACUUUUGUAUCUACAGCGUGCCACCUACACUUCGCCAAAUCUACCCUGAAGCCUAUACUCAGGUAAUCUCUAUAGGUCCUAUUCACUAUGGCAAACAAAAACUUCAGGCUAUGCAAAUUCAGAAACUAAGAUAUUUAAAAGAAUUUUGCAAAAGAAAAAUGCUCAAAGUUAAUAAAUCUUCAAGUGACCAUGAUGAAAUUAAGGAAAAAGAAAUAGAGAGAGAAUUUUCAACUGAUCUUCUUAACGAAAUUAAUGUGGAAGAAAUGCGUCGAUGUUAUGCAGAUAACUUUGAAUUUUGCAGCACUGAGUUUGUUAAUAUGAUUCUGUUGGAUAGUGUCUUUAUUCUUGAGCUCUUUAUGAGACAUCACAAAGAUUCGAAGAAUCAGAAGGAUUUUGUUUUAGGUAAACCCUGGCUGAGAACUGAUGUGCAACAAGAUUUGGUUCUACUUGAAAAUCAGCUGCCUUUCUCUAGUCUUGAAAAACUAUAUAACUUUGCCAAACCUAAUUUUGUUAACGAAAAAGAUUACCCUUCUCUUCUUGAACUUACUGUUAUUAUUUCUCCAAUUUCAAGCCCAAGAAUACCAAAAUACAGAACCCUAAGAAAAUGCUACAUUUCACUGAUUUAUAUUGGAAGUCUUUAUAGCAUAACGAAGCUGCACCAGGCAGGACUGAAGCUGAAGCCAGCUCAAAACAAAUGCUUCCUUGAGAUUGGUUUUGAACCGGGAAUAACUUGUCUUUGGAGAGCUGAGUUGCAGUUUCCUUGCUUUGAAGUUGAUGAUACUACUGAGUUUGUUGUUCGAAAUCUAAUGGCUCUUGAGCAAUGUCAUUAUCCGUAUGAAACUUACAUUUGCAACUACAUUCGGCUGUGGGAUCUUCUUAUUGAUACUGCUGAAGAUGUGGACUUGCUUGUUGAGAAGAAAAAUCUUGUUAAUGGGCUAGGCGAUGGUGCUACUGUUGCAAAUCUGGUUAACAAACUGUGCAAUCAAAUUGCAGAAGUCCAGUCUUGUUACUACCCUCUCUCUAAAGAUUUGAAUGAAUAUUAUGAGCAUUGUGGCAACCAGACCAUGGCAAUAUUGAGAAAGGUAUAUUUUGGGGAUCUUUGGAGAGGUACUGGAACUGUUGCUGCUGUUCUACUCUUGAUUCUUACUAUCAUACAGGCUGCGUGCUCUAUCCUGCAACUUUAGGUUUAAAGGUUCCUGUUUCCUUUGAACUUGUUUUUCCUUUUAAUCUUUUAUUUCUUGGUUCAGAGAAUCUUGGUAUGAAAUUCAUUUCCUGAAGCGGAAGGUAUUUAUGAUA